AUGAGCGGCUUUGACAGGCGCAGCCACGAGAGCAAUGACACAUAUAUCAUGAGUCAACAACUUGCCUUGCCUGUACCCUACAGCAACGGCGAUAGCCAUGACUUUGCGAUGAAUGAAUCAGGCCCCUAUCACUUUUCUACCCAGGCUUUCAGCUCAUACACGUCCCAAUUUACCCCUUCUUACGGCCAUGCGGCAGUCUCCCCUCAUACGCAUCAUCUCGCUCCUCACCACUCACCAGCACACUCGGUUCCAUCUACGCCCGACCAUGCAGGUCUGCACCAGUCCGUGCAAUACGCAUCCCCGCCGCGGUACCUUCAAUCGCCGCGGUAUCUGCCCCUGCGAGACGCACUGGGAAGCACCGAAAUUGAAAGCCAGGACUCCAGAAACGAGAACACGAUGCUAUCAGAGCCGGUGGUCCCGCCGUUGGACGGAUUUCCGAACGUGAGGGAAUUCGACCAGCUGAUGAAAAGCUACGUCGAGGACCUCUCCAUCAAGAAACAAGACAAGGCUCUCAUUCAUGCUAAACGCGCGCGGAAUAUAAGAACGGUUCUGCUCGAUCCUAAGGAUACGGCUGUUGAAUCUGCCCAGUUCCGCUUCUGGGUGAAGAAGAUGUUCAAGCUUCAAACGGUCGGUACCGGCAAUUCAGAAGUCCUGCACCAAGAUGAUCUGUCACGAGGGCAAGCCCGUGGCUGUCAGGGAAAAGCUAUUCAAGAUACUUACCAGGGCGCACCAACAAUGCCAACAUGGUGGAAGGGACAAGACAUCGGCCCAGGUCCGUCAGAUUUAUUCAUGGUAUGUCGGAUCCCAGUCCAAUAUCAAAUAGGUCCGGCAAACAUAUUGACCGUUCCAAGGGUUCCCAAAGAACUCAUCUCGCGAUUCGUCAAGAUAUGCCCUACAUGUCAGGUCCGCCGUGGUGGACCGCGUCUCACGCCCCCGAAUUCAAGGAGAAGUUCCCCCCGUCUGGACAUGGUGCCUCGAUCCCCCAAGCUUCCAUCACCACCCAUGUCCAGGCGUGACUCGACACUGAACGGCCAGAUGGCGCUAGAGCGAUCCCAGGCAGACUACUUCGGCCAGUUCAGUGGCCACGGCAGCUGGAUGGACAGCCAACGCAACAUCCAUGAGCGUCCAACAGCCCUCAACAUGGCCUCCAUCCGGUCCCUGGGUGCUGGGUCCAUGACGCACCUGUCGGAGUCCAUGGCAGCGACCAUGGACAGUUUCGCCGGUGAUAUGUCCUUGGCCACCUCGCAUGUGGGUUACGGCGCGGAAUACGAACCCACUCAUGGGACAUCCGGUCACCGGGGUUUCUGA